AUGUUGAACAUCAACGAGUUGCGCUGGCAUCUGUCUCCUGCUCUGUUAGAAUUUGGGAUCACAGAAGAUAGUGACUACCACAAAGUGAUAGUGAUUGACAUUGGAAAUGUGAGCCAGAGAUUAGGCCGAGACGUUAUUCACAAAAAGGAGAGUCGAGGGCUAAUCACCUUGCAAGUUUCUAUUUCAAAAGAACAUAAUAUGUUUCGUUGUGAGAAUUGUCUGACCCAGAGGGUUGAAAGGGAGUCGAUAAUUGAGGCUGAGGACUCAGAAAGAGUAAUGGUACCAGCGAGCGAGUCAUCAAUCAAGAAGCUACUGAAGAAGAGGGUUAGGGUUGAAGAGGGAGAGAGUUGUAGUGUUUGCUUGGAGGAGUUUAGGGCUGGGACUUAUGAGACAAGCAUGGACUGCUCACAUGUGUUUCAUAGGGAGUGCAUAGGAAAAUGGAUGACACAGAGUCACUAUUGUCCUGUCUGCAGGUAUGAGAUGCCUACUGAUAAUGAUGAAGGAGGCUUUCACCAAGAUGACGAAUUAGUCGAUCGUUUCGGUUUAGGAUAUAGGGUUUAG